CGAAGUAAACACAAGAUCGAUGUAUGAUAACGGAUGCGGGAUUUCCCACAUUUUUCCCUGGCACGAAAAUAGCACAAUUACCUAACGUAAACAUACUUACAUCUGUCUUGUGGACAAUCUGACAAUUUAUUCGAAGCGUCAUGUGUACCAGUACUAAAAUCGUUCACAUCGAGCGGCCGACGCGAUUGUCAUAUUAUAAAAAAACCCAUUUAAUUAUUUCACGCAUAUUCAAUAUAUUAUAUAUAAAUAUUUAUGAAUAUUUUUAUGUGUAUAUCGAUAUCGGGUAUAGUUUUGUUGUAUUUUAUAAUAUUUUUCACGUUGCGCCGCCGAAACAAUUUUGACGACGAUAACACAACAAUGCGAGUGUUCGACUACAAUAUUAAAAACAUAAUAAUAUAAUAAUUAUUGUCAUACCCGCCGUUCCUAGCAUAAUAAUUUAUUGUGCACAGCAGUCGCGCGCACGAUGAUUCUUCACGACGGAAUGAUGCUUGACGAUGGGUCAUCGUACCAGCAAAAAAUGUUCGACAGGGCAGCCGUGCUCUUGCAAAAGUUUCCGUUCCGGUUCCUCAACAGAGUUUCCAGAGAGAACGCAGAUCGGUCAGGCAACUCGCGCAAAAUGGUGUUUUACUACUCGAAACGUUUUCCAAACAUGUGUACGAGCUCGUCGUUCUACGAUGACAUAAUGAACAUCGCAGAAAUGCACGUGAACUAUUACCAAUCCCGUUGGUUUGAUUUUGGUGAAUUAUACUCAGAACCAUCUUUCAAUGAAUCUACAGUUCCAUGGACUAAUCGUCCAUUAUUACGACCAAUACAUUCACAAAAUACAUUUGUUCAUAGUGUCAAUUACAAUUACAAUAACAAUCAGAGGGAUUUAACAAAUAGUCAUACUCUUAAAGUUCAAUUACCUAAUAAACUAGUUACCAUUCUAGUUCCAACACCUAGUUCUGUUGAAUCAUUUUCAGCAUCUAGUUCACCAUUAGAUUUUGAAGAGCCUAUUACACCUAUAAAAGUAAUGUCUAAAAAUAAUAAUGAUUAUAAAAAAUCACCUGAAGAGAAUAAUAAUAAAAUACAUGUCAUAGAGGACGAUGAUACUAAAAACAGCAGCAUUGACUCAGAUAGUUCUAGAUCUGAUACUACUAUUGAUGAAAAGACUGUAUCAUAUGCGGAAAUCAUAAAAUAUUCCAAACCUACAAAACCAAAAAAAUCUGAAAAGCCUGAAUAUAAUAUUAUUGAAGAAUCUAAAAGAGAAUCUGUUAAAUCUAAUAGAAUUCCACCAUCUAAAAAAAUAUCAAUUAAGCUACCUGAUGCUCCGUUUCUACCAAAUAAUCAACAUUGUGCAUUUUGUAAAAACAAUGGUGAAGAAGAAUCAGUUUAUAGAACACAUUUUGUUAAAGAUGAACUAGGGAAUGUGAAGUGUCCAUUUUUAUCAAGGUAUACGUGUCCACAUUGUAAGGCAACUGGGACUAAAGCACAUACUAUUAGUAGAUGUCCAUUAAGUAAUAAAAAUAGAAUUAAUAAAUUCAAUAAACAACAGUGAUAGAACAGAAUUCAUUGUUAACAUUGUUUUAAUAUAUAUAUAUUUUUAAAUAUUAUUUGUUUAAUUUAUUGUUUCUUUUAUCAUAAUAGAGCAAAUUAUAAAUUUUAAAUUAAAAUAACUAUAUUUAAUGGAUAUUUUUUACAUUUUAUUCUUUUAGAUUUUGUUAUAAGUAUACAACUAAUAAUUAAUAAUUUAGGACAAUUUUGUUCGUGUUUAUUCAAGUUUAUAAAAUGUUAUGUUUUAAGAUUUAAAUGUUUAUAUCAGUUUAUUUAAAGAAUAAGUGAGAUUAUAA